CUUGGGAGUCAGUGAAAUGAAAUAAAUAAAAGGGGUGGUUAAAUAUAACUUCUCUUUCCUCCUCAACGGUCAGUCUUUCUAGAGACUUCAACUGCUGGGUCAAAGUUUUCCCUUCCUUCUUACACGGACAGGAAUAUGGCUGACGACGAAGAUCAUGACGUUAAUGAAGAAGAAGAGACAAAACCGGAAGUAGAAGAAAAGAAGAAGACCCCAUUUUUUAACAGGCGUCCACUGAUUUAUUCGCAAUCUAAUUUGAGAGAGGACCCACCGAAGCCAGAAAUUUCUGAAGCUGAAUUGGCUAUGGAGAAAAUGCGUAAGAAGAAAGAAGAAGAAGAAGCCAUGUGGGCAGAAUAUAUAGAACAAAGAAAAAUUCAAAAACAAAAAGAAGAAGAAGAACUAAAGAAAUUAAAAGAAAGACAAGUGAAGAGGAAAGAAAGAAGGAAAGAAGAGGAAAAGAAAUUGCUAGCUUUAAAGAAGCAGCAAGAAGCUCAACGAAUAAAAGAAAUGGAAGAGAAAAAAUCAAAAGAAGCAGAAGCCAAGAAGAAACGUUUGGAAGAAGCAGAGAAAAAAAGACAAGCAAUGCAAGCAGCCCUUCAGAAAAAUAAAUUACCUGAGAAUGUUACUCCAAACUUUGUUAUAACAAAAAGAAAUGAAGAUGGAUCUCCCUCCUUUGAUAAGCUGCCUACAUCUUUAUACAUGAAAGCUGAAAUGGCGAAAACUAAAGAGCAAUUACAAGAGGAUAAGAAAAUAGCCUUAGGCGUUCGAGUAAAACCUCUAAAUAUUGAAGGCUUGAAUCCACAAGAGCUUAAAUCAAAAGCACAAGAACUAUGGGAAGCUAUAGUUAGACUUGAAAGUGAAAAAUAUGAUUUAGAAGAACGAAGAAAACGUCAAGAAUACGAUCUGAAAGAAUUGAGUGAGAGACAGAGACAAAUUAACAGAAGCAAAGCAUUAAAAAAGGGAUUAGAUCCAGAUGCUCUUAGCGGAAAACACCCGCCAAUGAUAAACGUAGCAAGUAAAUAUGAAAGGCGACUUGACAGACGAAAUUUUACUGACAAGAAAUCUCUUUUUGAAGGAGGAUACAUAUCACAUUUGGAAGCUCAUUUUGAAUCAGAAUGGGAGAACAAAACUAAGAGUUUUAAAGAUCGGGGUCCAUCAAAGCUCAUAAAAUGGGAUCCAAAUGCUGCAAGAAAUAAGGAGAAGCAAGAAAUCACUGAAUCUAUUGAAGAAGAAGACGAUCUAGGAGAAAACCCUUACUUAACUGAUCCUGAUAAUAAACAAGAAACAGAUGAAGUAGCAGAAGAAGAGGAAAGAGAGGAAGAAGAAGAAGAAGGAGAAGAAGAAUAAAAAUGUAUUUUGAGUAGCAAAUCUUAUGCCUAAUGAAGCUUUUGUUACGCAAUGUUUCUUGGAACUUUUCAACAGCUUCAAUGUUUCAAAAAUUGUGCAUUUCAAUAUUACUUAUUGUGUAUGUUUUUUUUAAUGUUUGAAUGAUUAUAAUUUAUACGCAACAACAAAUUGAAAGUUUUAU